UACAAAUUUCCUAUUAACACGAAUGUGAAUUGUGUCGAGAGCAGCGAAGGCGGAGAAUGUGAAGUAGCCUGCAUUGGAAAGAAUCAUUUCUUUGGCGAAAGAUCCAAUGUACAGCAAAUGAUCCUUUCCUGCCGUAGUGGCAGAUGGGGCAUUAAGAAUGGAGCACCAACUGCUAAAACUAUACAGCACUGCGAGGGAGCCUGUGCCUGUCAGAACGGAGGCAUUUGCAACGGAGAAAACUACUGUCACUGCCCAAAAGGAUAUGCCGGUGUACACUGUGAGAAACAUCAGACAUAUGCAUGUCCCGAAGAACCACCACACUUGCCAAAGAACUCCAUAACCGUUUGCCGCGGCGACAGUUGUGAAGUUGAAUGCGAACGUGGCUUUGCCUUCUCCGAUGGUCGAAGUAGGGUACUCCUAAAAUGUGUCGGUACAAGCUAUAAAGACAUGAUGUCUACCACACCCAAUGUCUAUCCAGAUUGCCUUGCAACUUGUGUGCCAGCCUGUUUAAAUGGAGGAAAAUGUAUUGCUGUCAAUGUGUGUGAGUGUCCUCCCAAUUACCGUGGUCUCCAAUGCCAGGAUGCCAUUGCCCGUUGUGAACUGAAACCAACUUUCAAUGGCAACUUUCAAUGCAAGCAUGGACCAUUUAGUACUGAAUGUCAACUGAGUUGUCCUUCCAGAACCGGUGUCAGUGUCCUGGGACAGCUGCAUCCCUUAUACUUAUGUAGAUAUGAUACUGGCACGUUUGAGCCUAGUCCAACCGCCAAAUGCUUAUAUCCAACGAAUCUAAACGUUUCCCAGCAAAUUACGACUUCCGAUACGCAUACCAAUGGCACGGUAACUGUAACUGGCGAUGAGACAUGGCCGAACAAUCUGAUCACAACGUGUGGUCGCUAUGGACGUUACAAUAGUCGAAAGGACUGGAAACCCGUGGAGCCCAAUGAUGGUGACGUUUGCGGUCUUCGUCUAAGAAGAAAACCUGCAGUGGGCACAAUCAUUAAGACACAGCCAUCGAUUUGUAGUUCGUGGGGUGGUCGCCAUAUUCGUACAUUUGACGGCCUAAUCUUCGAGGCACCGCUGACAUGUGAUCACAUUUUGGUAAGCGAUAAGUUGUUUGGUGCUUAUCAUGUUGCCAUCAGAAAAUCCUGCGCACUCUGCGGAGGACCAACGAAUGGACUGGUGAUUCAAGUGCUUUUCGAGUCGGUUCUCUACACAAUUGAGAAUAUAAAUGGAUCGUUGGUUGUUGGGACACCUUUAAAACGAUUGCCGCUACCAGUACAAGUUGUGGGCAUGAAAAUCGUGCCAGUGGCUCAGAACAUAGAAAUUGAAUUUGAAACUGUGGGUCUGAAGAUUAUUUGGGAUCAGCAGCAGCGAAUCGAUGUGCAUGCAAGUGAAUCUUUGUGGGGCAAAUUGGUUGGUCUCUGUGGAUAUCAAGAUGCCAAUCCGGACAAUCAUUUAUGGACUUCAACGAGAACGGUGGCCAAGUCCUGCCAAGAUUUCGCAGAUAGCUGGAAGCUUCCAAGUAAAUCUUGUACUGAUCCGCCAGUCAGUGUGCUCGACACUUGCCAGGAUAAGGAACAACACACGAAAGCUGUCGAAAGAUGCAAACAACUGUUGCUUAAUCUUCCCUUAAAGCCGUGCCUGGAGCAAUUCAAUCAGGAAACUCUAUUGCAAGUGUGCCUCAAGGAGUACUGUGGGGGAAAGGAUGAUAGUCAGAAAACUCGCGGAACCUGCGACUUCCUCAUGACUUUGGUGGAAGGCUGCAAAUUCAAUGGGAAAGAGCCAGUCAAGGAUUGGCGAAACCUCUCCGUAUGUCCAAUCAGUUGCAGCGGUGAUCAAAUCUAUCAGAAUUGCGGACCCCAAUCGCCAGCCACGUGUGAGAGUGAAGAGAUCAGUGUAAAGGGUAAAUGUUUUGACGGCUGUUUUUGCCCACGGAGGAAACUUUUGUAUAAAGAUCAGUGUAUAGAUCGGAAAAUGUGUCCCUGCCAGUUGCGAGGACGCGAAUUCCAGCCCGGGGAAAAAUAUCAAAAGGAAUGCAAUACGUGCACCUGUUUGGCCGGCAAAUGGCAGUGUACGGACAAAAAGUGCGGCAAACGCUGCACGGCAUUCGGUGAUCCACAUUAUCGUACUUUCGAUGGCCGGCAAUACGAUUUCCAGGGUCGUUGUUUCUACUAUCUACUGAUGACGUCUUCCCUAACGAUAGAGGGUGAGAAUGUCCGGUGUUUGGCAGAUCGUGAAAACAUCAAGGGUUCAUCGUGCACCAGAACUCUGAUUAUACGCUUCAACCUACGCGAUGGGAGUCCAAUAAUCAUCAAAUUGGCCCAAAAACUGCAGACUUUUGUCAAUGGCCAAGUGGUUACCCAACUACCGGUUCAUCUUGGAAAUGGAGAAGUAAUAUUGCGACUUGCGAGUUCUCGGCUCCUUACUGUCACCUUUGAGGAUGGUUUGGUUGUAUCGUGGAAUGGUGAAUCCACCGUACACAUCGAUGCUCCGUUUAGCUAUCGCGACACUACGGGCGGUUUGUGCGGUACAUUCAAUGACAAUACCAAAGAUGAUUUCCUCACUCCGGAUGGCGACUUUGAGCAUACGGCCGUUGCCUUUGCCAACAAAUGGCGGACCAAGGAGAUGUGCGGCGAUAUAACUGUCCCAGAUAAAUCGAAUUCCUGUUUAAACGAUCCAGAGAAACGCAAAUUGGCCGAGAAGUUGUGCUCAUGGUUAAAGGCAGAUAUCUUCAAGCCCUGCCAUUGGGCAAUCGAUCCGGAAAGUAACUACGAUAAUUGUCUAACAGAUAUAUGUGCCCUCACGGACAAAAAUGACGUCCACAAAACGCUUUGUGAGCUCAUUGCCGUCUAUGCCAACGAAUGUGCGCGGAAUGGAUACCAAACUGGUUGGCGUCGUGAGAUUAAAGAGUGCAUGGACAAGUGUCCCGAAGGCCAGGAGUACGAUGAGUGUGGUGAUUCGUGUGCCCUUAGCUGUGCCGACCUACAGGAACGUGACAAAUGCAAACGAGAGUGCGCCGAUGGCUGUCGCUGUCCCAAUGGCCAAUAUCUCAAUGAGAAGCAGGAAUGUGUGCCACAGAAGUCAUGCUCUUGUUUCUAUGAUGGUUUCUACUUUAAACCGGGAUACAAGGAAGUGCGAGCUGGCCAACGGGUUCAGCAAUUAUGUACUUGUGUGAAAGGUCUUUGGGAUUGCCACGACGCGGAUGAUCAGGAUUUAACCAAGUUUCCACCUCAGGGUAAUCUGCGUAAACAAUGUGCCAAGCGUCCUUUCGCCAAAUUCAUUAGCUGUGCUCCCAAUGAGCCAAAGACUUGUAAAAAUAUGCACAACUUCUCGCCCGAUACCAGUUCCUGUCGUCCUGGUUGUGUUUGCACCGAUGGCUAUGUCUACGAUGUCACUAAAGAUGAGUGUGUCCCUCCGGAGAAGUGCUCCUGCCAUCAUGCCGGACGUAGCUUCAACGAUGGCGACACCUUUAAUGAGGCUUGCAAUGUCUGUGUCUGCCAGGGUGGCCUAUGGAAGUGUACACGAAAUGAUUGCGAAUCCACGUGCAGUGUUUGGGGUGACUCGCACUUUAGUACCUUCGAUGGCAGAGAUUACGACUUCCUGGGUGCUUGUGACUACAUCCUUUCCAAGGGAAAGAACGAUCAGGGCAGUGGUUUCUUGAUUACCCUACAAAAUGUGAUAUGCGGUUCAAAUGGUAUCACUUGCUCCAAGUCCUUGGAGAUUACUUUAAGUGGAAAAAACGGUGAAGAGAAAUUGAAGCUGGGCGCCGGCGGCAAGCAACAAUUGGGCUCGCGACCUUCGAGUUCGUUCCACAUCUACAAGGCUGGAUUGUUUGUGGUCGUUGAGGUCAUCCAUUUGCAUCUGCAAAUCAAGUGGGACGAAGGCACACGAGUCUAUGUGAGACUGGGCAACGAAUGGCGUGGUCGUGUGGCUGGUCUUUGUGGCAAUAAUAAUGGCAAUAGUGUGGAUGAUUUCAAAUCCCCAUCGGGUGGUCAGGAAACAGAACCCACUCUCUUUGGUCAUUCCUGGCGUAUAAAUCAGCAAUGUGAGUUGCCUGUCCAACCCUUUGACACUUGUCAGCGAAAUGCCCAACGUCGUUCGUGGUCAGAGGCCAAGUGUGGAAUCCUAAAGACUCCUCUGUUCGCCCGUUGCCAUGCCGAAGUCCCGGUAGAUGUGUACCUAAAACGCUGCGUCUUUGAUACCUGUGCCUGUGAUCAAGGUGGCGACUGUGAAUGCCUAUGCACGGCUGUGGCGGCCUAUGCCGAUGCCUGUGCCCAGAAGGGCAUAAGCAUACGUUGGCGAUCCCCACAUUUUUGUCGUAAGUAA